CACCGUGUCCGGAAGUGCCGUGUAUGCUGAGCGUCUUCUUUUAGCAGUAGCUAACAGUUACACUUUUCUGUUUCACUCUCGACUUUAGCGUUUACAGUGUUAAUGUUCAUUAAAUUUCCCCCCCGUUUUUAUAUUUACGCGAAGUGAGCGGCGGCAUGUUUGAGUGACGUUCACCGUCUACAGGUUGACGUGUCGCGCGGCUGCGAACUUUGGAUAAGAAGCUAACUGGCGUUCCAGAUGGUUUAGUCAGUUAGCAGGCUAGUUAGCAGGCUAACAGGGUGACAGACUGUCAUGUUUACAUUUGUUAAUAUAGGUUUUUAAAUGAAUGUACAGACUUUAAUUUACUUUUGAGCUGUAAAUAUGCUGCGGAUUAGUUUCACUUGUCAGACAGCAGCGGUGACAUUAGCGGUGAUGAUGAUGAGGUAACUGGAACAUAAAAUACUGGAACUGGACUUUCAGUGGUUUUGAUUUCUUUUUUUUUUAAAAUGGAGGAUAAAUACAGCAGCAACGUUCUGUCAGGAGGAAGACUGGGCAUGGUGGAAGUGCCUGAUUCCAGGUUAACCAGGUACAUAGUUCUGCUGGUCGUGUCAAAGGUCCUUAAGGCUCUCGGGAUCUUUGAAUCCUACGAUAUCCUCAAAGUUGUUCAUAUUGUCCAAUUCGUCUUUAUACUAAAACUAGGGAGUGCUGUUAUUCUACUUUUCUUCCAAAAACCUUUCUCCUCUGGUAAAGCCAUACCAAAAAGACAGUGGAUAAAGUUACUAAAGCAUGCUGUUUUCAGCUGCAUCAUCUCUCUACUGGGAUUCUUUGGUCUCACUCUUUGUGGACCUUUAAGGACGCUGUUGCUGUUCGAGCACAGUGACGUGGUGGUCAUCGCUCUCCUCGGUGUCCUGUUCACAAGCUCAGGAGGGGGUCCGUCCAAGACCAGAGGUGCUGCCCUCUUCAUCAUCGCUGUGAUCUGCCUCCUCCUCUUUGACAACGAUGAUCUCAUGGCAAAAAUGGCUGAACACCCUGAAGGACACCAUGACAGCGCGCUCACUCACUGCCUACACACCGCCAUUUCACUUUUAGGGGUCGCGGAUCACAAAGGCGGAGUUGUGCUGCUGGUGGCGUCUCUGUGUCUGAAGGUGGCGUUCCACUCGGCCUCCAGGAAACUGUCAGUGGAAAUCGGCGGUGCGAAACGUCUCUACGCCCUCGACAACCUGGUGUCUGCCGUGGUUCUGCUGCCCUGGGUCGUAGUGCUGUCGGUGACCACUGAUAGCAAAGUGGAGUCGUGGUCGUCGCUCGUGCUGCCGUUCGGGAUGAUCAUCUUCUCAGUGAUGAUCCUGGAGUUUUACGUCGAGGCCGUCUGCAACGCCAAGAUGGAGACGCCCCGGUGUGCCCGCUACGGCGCCGCCGCGCUCUUCCUCAGCGCCCUGCUGCUGGCCAACUUCUGGACGCACCCGCUGACCGACCAGCUGCGCUCCAUCGGCAAACCGCCCCAGCAGGUCAGCACGGAGCACGUGCUGUCCGGAGGAGUGAUCGUCAGCGCCAUCUUCUUCAUCAUGUCGUCCGGCAUCCUCUCGUCUCCGUCGAGGAAAGGUCAGAAGGGCACCCUGGUGGGUUACUCGCCUGAAGGCACGCCGCUGUACAACUUCAUGGGCGACGCCCUGCAGCACACGUCGCAGUCCCUGCCGCGGUUCAUCAAAGAGUCGCUGAAACAGAUCCUGGAGGAGUACGACUCCAGACAGAUCUUCUACUUCCUGUGUCUCAACCUGGCUUUUACCUUUGUGGAGCUGUUUUACGGCGUUUGGACCAACAGUCUUGGACUCAUCUCUGAUGGUUUCCACAUGCUCUUCGACUGCUCUGCUUUAGUCCUGGGCCUGUUUGCUGCUCUCAUGACUCGCUGGAAAGCUACCAGGAUCUUCUCCUACGGCUUCGGUCGUGUUGAGAUUCUGUCUGGUUUUAUCAACGGUCUCUUCCUGAUGGUCAUCGCGUUCUUUGUCUUUGUCGAGUCCGUCACUCGUUUGUUGGAUCCACCAAAUAUCAACACAGACAUGCUGACUCCCGUCUCAGUCGGAGGGUUACUGGUCAACCUGGUGGGCAUCUGUGCCUUCAGUCACGCUCACUCCCAUGGCGGCAAAAGCUGCUCGUCACACGAACAGAGCCACUCCCACAGCGAGCAUGGCCACUCCCACGGAGGAGGAGGAGGUCACGGCCACUCCCACGGAGGAGGAGGAGGUCACGGCCACUCCCACGGAGGAGGAGGUCACGGACACUCCCACGGAGGAGGAAGUCAUGGCCACUCCCAUGGAGGAGGAGGUCAUGGACACUCCCACGGAGGAGGAGGAGGUCACGGACACGCCCACAGCUCAGGGGGUGGAGGCAUGAACGCCAACAUGAGAGGUGUAUACCUUCACGUCCUGGCCGACACGCUGGGCAGCGUCGGCGUCAUCAUCUCCACCAUCCUGAUCCGGCAGUUUGGCUGGCUGAUCGCCGACCCCAUCUGCUCGCUCUUCAUCGCCACACUCAUCUUCCUCAGCGUCAUCCCUCUGCUGAAGGACGCCUGCGAGGUUCUGCUCCUGCGAACGCCGCAGGAAAACGAGAAGGACCUGAAUAUCGCGCUGGAGAAGGUGGAGAGGGUGGAAGGAGUUCUGUCGUACAGAGACGCUCAUUUCUGGAGACACUCGGCCAGCGUGGUCGCAGGAACCAUCCACCUGCAGGUCAUGCCCGACGUGGUGGAGCAGAGGAUCGUCCAGCAGGUGACCACCAUCCUGAAAGACGGCGGCGUGAAUAACCUGUCGGUGCAGGUGGAGAAGGAGUCGUACUUCCAGCACAUGUCAGGACUCAGCACCGGUUUCAACGAAGUCCUGGCGAUGACGCAGCAGAUGGAGGUGAUGAAGUACCUGAACGACGGCACGCGCAUCAUGUGAUCUCUGCGCUGUGUGUGCGCGCUGUGUGUGGGACCAAAACAAGACUUUGUGAUUCUGUUUUUUUUCUCUCUCCUCUGAUAAUGUACAGUGUAAGUAUGUGGUUUAAAUAAAUCUGAAUAUAUUGGUUUUAUCACAAAGUGCUGGAACUUCUUUCCCUUAAGAUCUCAGAAGGUUUAUAAGUCAUGUCACAGCAGCCUGAUUAUCCUGUUGAUGUGAUCAUGGUGCAUUCCAGUUGUAGUCACAAGUUACAAGCUACCUCCCGAACCUCGACCUGGUGAGUACGAAUCCUUGUCAUACAAAUGCCUCCACUUUAACUGUUACGGCACCUCUGCCUUGUUUGUCGCACAGUAAAUAAUUAGUACAAAUAAUGUUUGUGUACUUGUGAGCAAAAUCGCAAAAUACUGUGUUUUUAUUUAUUUUGCGAACAAUAGUUAACAAGAGGUAUGUUUGCGUCAGUGUAUUUUUCCGACUUCUCAAGAACUAGGAGCGACGCCACCUCCGUUGAUGCCACCGCUCCUAGUUCGGACCUCCGACUUCCGAUGUAAAUGGAACGCAUCAUAAUGACAAGCGUUACUAAAUGUAAACUAAACAACAGUUUUAUCGUAAAAAAUUACAUUUUGGCGUAUGACCUCAUGAGUACGUUUUCUUGUCGUACAAACGACUGUUAAACUAUUUGUCGCACAGUAAAUAAUUCGUACAAAUGAUGUUCGUUGUUAUCGACUGGUAUUUUGCAAACAGCAGCUAACUCGAGGUACGUUUGUGUCUGUGUGUUUUUCCUGACUUUGGAUGUAAAUGGAACGCCUCCUAAUGACGUGUAUUACUAAAUGUUACCGAAACACAAACAACAGUUUUAUCGCAAGAAAGGCAUUUUCACAUCCCUGUCGUACAAACACCUCUAAUUUAACAUUUCUGUCUUAUUUGUCGCAGUAAGUAAUUCGUACAAAUAAUGUCUGUGUUGUCGACGAUGGCUAACCCGAGGUACGUUUACGUCCGUGUAUUUUUCCGACAUCUCAAGGGAGCGGCAGCGUAAUCUCAGGGGUGACAUCGCUCGGAGUUCGGUCCUCCGACAUUCUGAUUUACUAAAUGUUAACGAAACACAAGCAACAUUUUUAUCGUAAAAAGAAACAGUUUUCAGACGAUGAACUUUGAAUAUUCUUUUAGAAGCUUUGGUCGUGGUAUUUUUCAAAGUUCGCUAUUCACAUUUUUAACAAACACAGUGGAUUAAUGUCUGGAUUACGCCACAAAUUUGCUGAACUUUUUCCCUCCAAGAAAGUUCAGAUUUAUGUGUAAAUGUUUUUUGUUUUUUUUUAAGUUUAAUAUACUAAACAUCUCUAGGAAAUAAUUUGUUUACUUCAUUUGAAAUAUUAGCUGUUAAACUUAAGACUGUCACAAUUUUGCUCUUGUCACGGUUUUUGUUUUUACUUUUACAUUUUACUUUUACUUGGAGGUCUCAAACUCGUGGGCCAAUUUUUAGAUUUAAUAUUGAGUUAUGAGUUGUGUCUGUUUGUUUUUGUUAUUUAUACAUCAUAAAUACGUGUGGGGUUUUUUAAAUUGUGGGCUAAAUAAACUGUUUCACACUUUUA